AUGGAGGUACACAAUGUAACGGUCCCAUUAAAUUUCUCUCUGCCGCCUGGCUUUGGCCACCGCCCCACAGACAAGGCGCUGAGUGUUAUCCUAGUGAUCAUGCUGCUAUUUGUCAUGUUCUCACUCGGCUGCACCAUGGAGUUCAGCAAGAUCAAGGCUCACUUGUGGAAGCCCAAAGGGGUGGUCAUUGCCAUGUUGUCCCAGUAUGGCAUCAUGCCCCUCGCUGCCUUUGUCCUGGGCAAGGCCUUCCAUCUGAAACCAAUUGAGGCACUGGCCAUCCUCAUCUGUGGCUGCUCUCCCGGGGGAAACCUGUCCAACCUCUUCACCCUGGCCAUGAAGGGAGACAUGAACCUCAGUAUUGUGAUGACUACCUGCUCUACCUUUGCUGCCUUGGGUAUGAUGCCUCUCCUCUUGUACAUCUACACAAAAGGGAUCUAUGAUGGAGAUCUUAAGGACAAGGUGCCCUAUGGAGGCAUUAUGAUAUCACUGGUCAUGGUUCUCAUUCCUUGUAGCAUAGGGAUCUUCCUCAAGACCAAAAAGCCACAGUAUGUUCCUUACAUCAUCAAGGGAGGAAUGACCAUCACUUUCUUACUCAGUGUGGCUGUCACAGUCCUGUCUGUCAUCAAUGUGGGCGACAGUAUCAAGUUUGCCAUGACCCCGCCAUUACUGGCCACCUCCUGCCUGAUGCCUUUCUCUGGCUUCCUGCUGGGCUAUGUUCUCUCUGCUCUCUUCCAGCUCAGUCCAAGGUGCAGACGCACCAUCAGCAUGGAAACAGGAUUCCAAAAUGUCCAACUCUGUUCUACCAUCCUCAACGUGACCUUCCCCCCUCAAGUCAUUGGACCACUGUUCUUCUUUCCUCUUCUCUAUAUGGUUUUCCAACUUGGGGAAGCAAUUCUCUUCAUUAUUAUCUUCCGGUGCUAUGAGAAAAUCAAGCCUCCCAAGGGUGAGUACUGA